GACUUUGACAAUUGACAUGGACUGAUAAGCCAGCACAUACCUCAUUCACGGGCUCACUUCAACAAAACCUACUCACUCUGUACACACGUUACUAUUUCUACAUAUAAACUCACAGUUUUGUUCAAGACACUAUCAUUUCUUGUCUCUCUACUUGUACAAAUCUAGAAUGGGUUGUUCUGGUAAUAAAAACAUGGUGGGUGUGGCGGUGGCGUUGUUGGUGGUUAUGGCAGUGAUGACGGCGGAAGGACAGGAUAUUCCGUCGUGUGCAUCGGGACUGGUGCCAUGCGCGGAUUAUUUGAAUGCAACCAGUAAGCCGCCGGCUUCGUGUUGUGAUCCGAUCAAGGAAGCUGUUACGAAACAGCUUCCGUGUUUGUGUAAUCUUUAUAAUACUCCUGGCUUGUUGAAGUCUUUUGGGAUUAAUGUUACUCAAGCUGUGAGGCUUCCUACUUUGUGUGGUGUUCCUGGUGAUCUCUGUCAGGGUGGGAAAAACACCUCUUCUGCUGCUGUGCCAGCAUCUGGAACGCCCAAGGCCAGUGAUAGCACACCUAAGAGCAGUACAUCCACACCAAGUGAUGCAGGAAGAUUAGCGUCUAUUGGUAUAUUCAGCUGCAUAUUGAUUUGGGCUUCAUUGAUCCUUCACUAGAGACAUCAUCCCUUGUCAUCUCUGUAACUAGUCCGGCAUAGUUGAUUAAAGCAUUUCAGUAUUCAAAUCGGAGCUAGCUUGCAUAUCUGGAGUCUUAAGCUUUUCAUGUUGCCAAGUCUUUUCAUUACAGAGUAUUAGAUUCAAUUUAGUCGUCCUGUCAGUCGAAAACUCACCACCUCCUUAUCCUACUAAACAUCGCAAUGUAAUGUUCAAGUAUAAAUCUGUACUUUGUCGUAAUUCUGUAUGUUGUGUUGGAAUAGACCUUUGGCAAUUUCAACUAUUAAUAACAACCUUAUCCCCUGUGUGUUCGAAUUCGGUUAAAGAGUUGAUAAAAUUCAUUUUUUUCGAA